UUGAGCCAACAUCACACAACAGCAGGCCAAAGGAACAGAAGGAGCCGCAGCAAGGACCUGCAACAGUGUGGAGAAGCAUGGGGUGUAAUAAGAAGUGUGGCUUGCUGACAGGAGCAAUCAUUGGGGCAGCGUUGGCCAUCCUCGGGGGAAUUUUAAUCCCAGUUGGAAAUAAUCUCAUUGAGGACACAGUAGAAAAGGAAGCUGUCAUCAAAAACGGCACAACUGCCUAUGAGAAUUGGGUCAUCCCAGGAAGUCCCAUCUACCGGCAGUUUUGGUUCUUUGAUGUCCAGAACCCAGAGGAGGUGAUGAAGAACGGUUCUAAUCCAAUCCUCAAGCAGAAAGGUCCUUACACUUACAGGGUGCGAUAUAAGCCCAAACAAAACAUCACUGAACAUGACGAUGCUACUCUGUCUUACUUCUUGCCAAAUAUUGCUCUUUUUCAACGUAAUAUGUCUUCUGGCUGGGAAAAUGACACAAUUACCACUGUUAACCUGGCUGUUGUGACCGCCCCUGUUUUGUAUCCAAAGUUAGCUCAUCUCCUGAAUCCGUUCAUACAACUAUCAAAAUCAAAAUUUCUCCAAACUAGAACCGUAAAAGAAAUACUUUGGGGCUAUAAAGAUCCUUUCCUACAAUUAAUUCCAAUUUCAACCAUUGAUAAAGUUGUUGGUGUAUUCUAUCCUGACAAUGACAGACUCGAUGGUCCUUACCGAAUUUACAGUGGGAAAGAUGAUAUAAGGAAGGUGGGAACUAUACACAGUUAUAAAAACAAGAGGACUGUUGAAUACUGGGAAAGUUAUUGCGGUAUGGUCAAUGGCACUGAUGCGGCUUCGUUCCACCCUUUCAUCAACAAGAGUGAAGUGCUCCAUUUCUUUUCCUCAGAUAUUUGCAGGUCAAUCUCCGCAAAAUUUGAUAGCGAGAAGACAGUGAAAGACAUUCCGCUUUAUCACUUUGUUAUCGAUCCGUUGGCGUUUGGGUCACCCGUUACCAAUCCUGACAACAUUUGCUUCUGCACUGACAUGGAGACGAGUAAGAACUGCACAUUAAAUGGGAUUCUGGGACUCGGCUCCUGCAAAGAAGGUAAACCAGUCUACAUUACGUUGCCCCAUUUCCUGCAAGCAAGUGAGGAACUUUUUAACUUUGUUGACGGAUUGAAGCCCAAUGUGGAAGAACACAAAACCUUUCUGGAUGUAGAACCAACCACAGGAUUUACCUUGCACUUUGCCAAAAGACUGCAGAUUAAUUUAUUUGCGAAACAAAACUCGAAAAUCACAGCACUAAAAAACAUCAAGAAUAAUUUUUUCUUUCCUGUUUUAUGGCUGAAUGAGACGGCUAUUAUCGGUGAUGAGAAAGCAGAAUUUUUCCGAUCAAAAGUGACCGACAAGAUCAAGUUGCUGAACAUUGUCCAAAUCGUGCUCAUAACCCUUGGCUCCGUGAUGUUCCUGGGAUUCCUCAUCGCCGUCUGUGCAUGCAGGAAGAAGGAUCCCAAAUAAGUAAUAGAAAAAGCAGAAUUUUGAAUCCGGAUGAAUUAAUUUGGCUCCACCGGAUUCUGGUUGGUGUUCAACAUUAAAA